CUUAAAUCUCGUUUUUUUUUCUUGCUCAUCGUAAAAAGAGUGACCGAGAUAAAACUAUGUAUCUUGGUUUUGAGGUCUUUCAGAAAAUACGUGUUCAUUACAAAAGGUUCUCAACGAGAGGUUUUGAGACGGCUUAGGGACUGUUAUUGUGUAUUUGGGAUUGAAAUACAAGUUAAUUGAAACAGACGACAUUAAAAAUGAAUGAAUUAAAGUCACUGGAGCACGCAACAUUGAAGGUACCAUAUGAGGUAUUCAAUAAGCGCUACCGCAAUGCUCAGCGUGUGCUCGAUGUGGAAGCGAGGCAGGUGGGCAGUGCAGCUGGCGAGCUUGAUGCAGCCACCAGGAAACAAUCUGUGACAACUGGAGAGAUUGACACACUGCUCGGAGGGAUGGUUGAAAAGUUAACCACCAUGAAGCGCAAAGCUUCUGAAGCGAUCACCGAGGAGCUACAGGCGGCUAUAGUUUGUAAGAAGAGGCUUGAACACUUGAAGGAGCAAGCUGCAGCCCUAGCUGAGCCUAGCGCACCACAAGCUAAGCCGACAUCCUACACAUCCCAGACAUCUCUGAACCAGUGGCGCAAGGUCCGCCUAGACCGCUUGCUCGUGGACUACUUCCUGCGCACCGGGUACUAUGAGUCUGCCAACAAGCUCGCCGAUGCUAGAGGUCUGAGGGACCUCACUAAUGUUGAUAUCUACGCGGCGGCGGCGGAAGUGGAGGCUGAGCUGAAGAACAAGCGCACGGCGCGCUGUCUGCAGUGGUGCGCCGACAACAAGUCCAAACUCAGGAAACUCAACUCCAACAUGGAGUUUAAGAUACGGAUACAGGAGUUUAUCGAGUUGGUUCGCGAGGACAAGCGCCUGGAGGCGGUGCGCUACGCCAAGAAACACUUCUCCACAUACGAGGAAGAUCAGCUGAAGGAUAUACAGCACUGCAUGGGCAUGCUCGCCUUCCCCAAGGACACAGAGGUGGAGCCGUACCGCGUGCUGCUGUGCGCGUCGCGCUGGGCGGCGCUGGUGGCGCAGUUCCGGCGCGAGCACGCGCGCCUGCUGCACCCCGCGGCGCUGGGCGCGCUGGGCGUGCUGCUGCAGCUGGGGCUGGCGGCGCUGCACACGCCGCAGUGCGCGCGCGCCGCCGAGCCCGCCUGCCCCGCCUGCCAGCCGCCGCUGCGCGCGCUGGCCGCCCGCCUGCCGCACGCGCACGUGUCGCACUCGCGCCUGCUGUGCCGCAUCUCGCGCGACCCGCUCAACGAGCACAACCACCCCAUGGUGCUGCCCAACGGACAGGUCUACGGCGAGAAGGCUCUCAAAGAGAUGAUGAAGGAACACGGCUCCAUCAUCUGCCCCAAAACCAAGGAGGUAUUCUGUAUGAAACGCGUCGAAAAAGUAUACGUCAUGUAAACAAUAACAUUAUUAUUAUUUACAAUCAUACAUUAUAUUACCAGCAUUUAGGAAUCGGGACGGUCGAUUUUAAAUAUAAAUUGUAAAA